GGCCACUGCUCACCCUGCACCCAGGGUUAAACAUUAGUGGGAGGUUAUCAGUCCAGGUUCGGGGAGGGAGAGGGUAGAGUUACACUUUUACCAGCGGCUCCUCAGACACCGGGUCCCGCCGCCUGGACAAUGCCUGUGGAGGAGUUCGUGGCCGGCUGGAUCUCCGGAGCUCUGGGCUUGGCCCUGGGACACCCCUUUGACACUGUAAAGGUGCGGCUGCAGACCCAGAGCACUUACCGCGGCAUCAUCGACUGUAUAGUCAAGACGUAUCGCCAUGAGUCGAUUCUGGGCUUCUUCAAGGGGAUGAGCUUCCCCCUCGCCAGCAUAGCUGUGGUCAACUCAGUCCUGUUCGGGGUCUACAGCAAUGCCCUGCUGGUGCUCACGGCCACCUCCCACCAGGAGCGGCGGGUCCAACCUCCCAGCUAUAUGCACGUCUUCAUAGCUGGCUGCACCGGGGGCUUCCUGCAGGCCUACUGCUUGGCCCCUUGCGACCUCAUCAAAGUGCGGCUGCAAAACCAGACAGAGCCGAGGGCACAGCUCGGGAGCCGGCCGCCCCGCUACCGGGGGCCCGUGCACUGCGCGGCCUCCAUCUUCCGGGAGGAGGGGCCCCGCGGGCUGUUCCGGGGCGCCUGGGCUCUGACGCUGAGGGACACGCCCACGGUGGGGAUCUACUUCGUCACCUAUGAGUGGCUCUGUCGCCAGUUCACGCCAGACGGCCGGACACCCAGCUCAGCCACCGUGCUGGUGGCCGGGGGCUUCGCAGGCAUCGCCUCCUGGGUGGUAGCCACCCCCUUGGACGUGAUCAAGUCCCGGAUGCAGAUGGAUGGGCUGAAGCAGAGCGAGUACCGGGGGCUGCUGGACUGCAUGGUGACCAGUGCCCGGCGGGAAGGGCUGGGGGUCUUCUUCCGGGGGCUGACCAUCAACAGUGCCCGCGCCUUCCCUGUCAACGCCGUCACCUUCCUCAGCUACGAGUACCUCCUCCGCUCGUGGGGAUGAGCCCGGCCGGGCGCGGCCAGCGCCCAGCGCCGAGUCCCCCAGUGGGACUGACCGCCCGCCACCCAGCUGCCCGGACUGAAGGCCACGUUGAAAGCCCCAGGUUGAGAUUUCCAUGGAAGAGGCUCCACCUUCCUUGUCAAGGCGCCUCCCAGCCCAGGAGAUGCGGAUGCGGACGGGGGAGACAGCACCGGGGGCCCCACCCAGAACCCGCGGCUGGCCUCAGCCUCCAGGAGCUCUUGCCGGGAUUCCUUCGCAAAGCCAGUCACCAGUGGUGCUGGGGACAGUCCUGCCCCCCCGUCCCGUGACUUCGGCCCUUCAAGAGCUCGGCCUCCACUCCUCCACUCCGCUGCCUGGCUGCUAACGACCCUCUGGGUCCCCGGGGCAGCGUCCGCCUCCGCCUCUCUCCCCCAUCGCCCCCACCCCGCCCACGAUCCCCCGACCCCCGUCUGACCUCGCCCUGCCUGACUCGAGAGUGGCCUUUACAUCUCCUGGCCUUCGGAGUCCUUCAGCGACUCCCAUCAUGCUCAGGGAAAAGCCCAGACUCCGCCCCCUCCCGAUGGGGCGCUGGCUCACCUACCUGCCCACGCACCUCGGUCACGGCCCUCGCCUGUGUCGUGGUGCUUGGAGGACUCUCAUGAACCUGCGAGCUCCCGGAGGCGGGUGGUCGCGCGUCUGCUCCUUUCCCAGCUCAGAGCCCCGGCGCUCGCGGCAGCCCGGCACAUGCCCGUUGAAGGGAGUGGCGUUGCAUUCCCGGCCUCUCUCGUGACUCCAGCCACCCCGCCUGCUUCCUGGGUGGGGUCCCUGUCCCACCAAUGCCCCCAACCCCUCACUGGGAGGCUUGCCUACCCUGGAAUCACUCCCACUGGAGGGGUACCAGAAGCUGGGGGUAUCUGCCAGGCCCGCUCUCAUGCCUGGCACAUAUUUACUUGUCUCCGUUGCAAAGUGGGCAUGCAAGACUGCCUAAGAGGGCCCUGGCUUGUGUGGCUCAGUGGAUUUGAGCACCAGCCUGUGAAUCAAAGGGUCGCCAGUUCGAUUCCCAGUCAGGGCACAUGCCUGGGUUGCAGGCCACGGCCCCCAGCAACCACACAUU